AUGUCUCCUUCCCCUUUGUGGUUUCCUCUCCUUUCAACUUCUGAACUGAGAACUUUUCAUUUCGAGCCUGCAAGAGGAACCAGAGGAAACAAUUAUUCGCGUUGCCUGAGCGGACGCGCUUCAAAGCCUCCCCCGAAACGAGACCCCGUGGGCGAGGGCUCUCCGGCCGGGCCGUCCGGCAACGGGGGUCGGGGGAGAGGGGGUGUCCGCGUCUCCGAUAAAGGUGGCCGUCUCCGGGGACGCGGAUGGGCGCGUAGGGGGAUGGGCUCGGCCGACAGCUACUGUUUGGACGUCUGCUGUUCUCCGAGGAGUCGGUCCUCGAGCUGCUACUUCGGCAGGCCGCUCGAUUACUCCAAACCCCUGGGUAUUUUCCACCGCUACUUUCAGUGCUGCUGUGCUUUUUGGGACCAGAUGAAGUGCUUUGACCGAAGCUUAAGACGGGUUGGGCCGGAAGAGGAGCCGGGCAAAAGCGACGUGGUCUGCCCACCCCAGGGCUCGCGAGUGAACGGGUGGUCUCUACCCCUGCAUUCCUUCCAGGGCAUCGCGUGGGCCGUUUAUUCGUACAUGGCCGUGGUCGGAUUCGGCAUCUACAUCCCUCUGUUGCCUUACGCCUGGAAACACGGGGCCUACACUGUCGUGGGUGCGGUGUUUGCUUUUCACUUGAUCAUCCACCUCGCCGCCGUGACCAUCGACCCCGCCGACCCGAACGUCCGCAGCAAGAAGGAUUACGGUCAUCCCAUGCCCGCCUUGGACAGGAGCAAGCACAAGCAUGCCAUCCAAAACCAAUACUGCCAUCUGUGCCAAGUCUCCGUGGGACCCAGAGCUAAACACUGCAGCACCUGCAAUAAAUGCAUCGCCGAAUUUGACCACCAUUGCAAGUGGCUCAACAACUGCGUGGGAAGUCGAAACUAUUGGUAUUUCUUCAGCUCCGUGGCUUCAGCAGUGAUCGGGGUGGUCUUCCUGACGAUUGUGAUCCUAUAUGUCUUUAUCCAGCACUUUGUGAAUCCCAUGGAGUUGCGUACAGCCCCCCAGUUUGAAGGAAUUUUUCAGAACAACACGUGGCUGAUGUUCCUUCCUUUGGCUCCCGUGGAGAGCCCGGCGGCCUGGAUCCUGCUGGUGGCCGCCAUCACACUGUGCCUGGCCAUCACAAGCCUCUUCCUCCUCGGACACCUUCUGCUCUUUCACCUCUACCUCCUGGGAAAACAGCUGAGCACCUUCGAUUACAUGACACAAGGCCGGCGGGCCAGAAAGAAAAGAAACAAGAUGGAAGAGAGCAGCCCCAAGGCUGAUCACUUAAAGGAUUGGUCUUCCAGAUGCUUCCUGAAUAAGAACAGAAACAUGUCAUCUCCAAGCAGGACAUCCGAGGAUCCCCAUGUCUCGCUGGCCUCCUUUCAACAGACCAAACUGAGAAAAGAGUGCCCACCGUGGCAUUUGCACUGUCAGAGAAAAACAAGCAAAGGCCAGAGUUCCCCAAAAUCCAGUGCUGGGAAUCAGAACAUCAAAGAGAGAGACUUCACCCCUGAGAAAGACAAUAAUGAUUCUCCUUUGGAAGUGUCUUCCAAUUCCGAUUCCUUCUCAUCUGUGGAAAUCCCAGCUGGGACUAUGGACAGCCUAAUGCUUCUGUAUUCCGCACACGCGAACAGCCGAUCAGACCUUCACGAACAAAUCAUGCGCACCGUGGAAAACGGCAGGAUCUGGGAAAGCCAGGAAGAGCCUUCAGAACUGAACUGCACGCUGACUGACUCCAAAGAGGCGGUUGAAAUGGUUCGGCAAACGUAUCUGGCCGACGCGUCUUUGCCCGUCUCAGAGAGACCACCCCAGGAAGAGACCCAGUUUUCCCAGACAGAAAAGAUUUCCACCCUUCCCCUCUGAGAAACAAAACGGUUACCUCUUUAUCCUUCCAUGUGCCAGCACA